CAUCCCCCUUAAAUUGCGGGGAGGCGGUGGGUGCUAGUGACUUCAUGUCAUCUCUCCUGCCGCGCGCUUUUGUGUGACGUCACGAGAUUCCAGGAGCUGCUUCUGUGCGCUCAACUCCCUCGGAUCGGAGAAUCAAUCACAUGGAGAAGAGAGGCUCAGCAAAAGCUGGACGUAAAAGGCACCAAUGCAUCCAGUGUCCAUACAGCACAGAUCAGAUGGGUAACUUGAAGAGACAUCAGAAAAAACAUUCAGGUGAGAAUGCUUUCAAGUGCACUGUCUGUGGGAAAGAGUUUAUAUUAUCAGGAAACCUAAAGAGGCAUGAGAAGAUCCACAAGCAGAAAGUGAAAUCGACUUGUGAAAGUCAACAUGCUGCAAUGACCCCAUCUCUCAUGAAACGGAGAUCAGAAGAAAAUUCCAACUUGGCAACACGGCCAGGAGUGACAGUGAAAUGUGAAGAAGUGCAAUGUGAAGAAGUGAAGGUGAAAUGUGAAGAUCAAGAUUCGACUCCAGAAGCCAAUCUACAAGUGGAUGGAGGCAGCGUGAAGCAGGAGGAACAUUCUGAUUCUGAGGGAGACCGAAUCAAUCACAUGGAGAAGAGAGGCUCGGCAAAGGCUGGAAGUAAAAAGCACCAAUGCAUCCAGUGUCCAUGCAGCACAGAUCAGAUGGGUAACUUGAAGAGACAUCAGAGAACUCACACUGGCGAGAAGCCCUUCAAGUGCAGUGUAUGUGGUAAGGCAUUUGCAGAGUCAACAUAUCUUAAGAAACAUAAUAGAACACACACGGGCGAGAAGCCCUUCAAGUGCACUGUGUGUGGCAAGGCAUUUGCUCGUUCAGAAACGCUUCAUAUUCAUCAGAGAACACACACCGGUGAGAAGCCCUUCAAGUGCACUGUGUGUGAGAAAGCAUUUGCUCAUUCAGACGUUCUUCUUGUUCAUCAGCGAACACACACCGGUGAGAAGCCCUUCAAGUGCACUGUGUGUGGUAAGGCAUUUGCUCAACCAUUAACUCUUCAUAUUCAUCAGAGAACACACACCGGUGAGAAGCCCUUCAAGUGCAAUGUGUGUGGAAAGUCAUUUGCUCAAUCAACAACUCUUAAAAUUCAUCCGAGAACACACACAGGCGAGAAGCCUUUCAAGUGCAGUGUAUGUGGUAAGGCAUUUACAGAGUUAGCACAUCUUAAGAAACAUAAUCGAACACACACGGGCGAGAAGCCCUUCAAUUGCACUGUGUGUGGCAAGAUAUUUGCUCGUUCAGAAACUCUUCACAUUCAUGAGAGAACACACACCGGUGAGAAGUGCUUCAAGUGCACUGUGUGUGGGAAGUCAUUUCUUCAUUCAAAAACUCUUAAAAUUCAUCAGAGAACGCACACAGGCGAGAAGCCCUUCAAGUGCAGUGUAUGUGGUAAGGCAUUUGCAGAGUCAGCAUAUCUUAAGAAACAUAAUAGAACACACACGGGCGAGAAGGCCUUCAAGUGCACUGUGUAUGGGAAGGCAUCUGCUCAUUCAGAAACUCUUGAUAUUCAUAAAAGUACACACACAGGCGAGAAGCCUUUCAAGUGCAGUGUAUGUGGUAAGGCUUUUGCAGAGUCGGAAAAUCUUCAGAAACAUAAUAGAACACACACAGUUGAGAAGCCCUUCAAGUGCACUGUGUGUGGCAAGCCAUUUGCUCGUUCACAAACUCUUAAAAUUCAUCGGAGAACUCACACAGGCGAGAAGCCCUUCAAUUGCAGUGUAUGUGGUAAGGCAUUUGUAGUGUCAGCACAUCUUAAGAAACAUAAUAGAACACACACAGGCGAGAAGCCCUUCAAAUGUACUGUGUGUGGCAAACCAUUUGCUCGUUCAGAAACUCUUAAUAUUCAUCAGAGAACACACACUGGUGAGAAGCCCUUCAAGUGCACUGUGUGUGGCAAGCCAUUUGCUCAUUCAAAAUCUCUUACAAUUCAUCAGAGAACUCACACAGGUGAGAAGCCCUUCAAGUGCAGUGUAUGUGGUAAGGCAUUUGCAGAGUCAGCAUAUCUUAAGAAACAUAAUAGAACACACACAGGUGAGAAGCCCUUCAAGUGCACUGUGUGUGGAAAGGAGUUUAUAUUAUCAGGAAAGCUAAAGAGGCAUGAGAAGAUCCACAAGGAUAAAGUGAAAUCGACUUGUGAAAGUCAACAUGCUGCAAUGAGCCCGUCUCUCAUGAAACGAGAAUCAGAAGAAAAUUCCAACUUGGAAACACAGCCAGGAGUGACGGUGAAAUGUGAAGAAGUGACGGUGAAAUGUGAAGAGCAAGAUUCGACUCCAUUACCCAAUCUACAAGUGGAUGGAUGCAGCGUGAAGCAGGAGGAGCAUUCUGAUAAUGAGGGAGAGCGAGGCAAUCCCCAGCAGUUUGUGGAUGUGGAGGUGUGGGUGGAGUUUUUGGACAAAGCUGAGUAGGAGAGGCCAGCACAUGUGAAAUGGCACCUUGGAAGAUGUGUAACCAGGGGUUUGAGACGAUUUUCAAAAGCAUUCGCCUUAUUCACAGGCUUAUGUCAUUUAAAAAAUGCAUAUGGGUGUCGGUGUCAUCCAAUCAGAGAUGAGCUUUAUGUACAUAUGAAGUCGUUGAGUGUCAAAGUGAAAUACAGGCAGUCCCCUAGUUAGAAGGGUUGGGUUACCGAAGGGUUAGGUUACAGAGAUCCACAACCCAAAUUUCCGUAUGUCAGAAACUGAACAGUUUUCUCCCAUAAUAGAGAUAAAUCCCAUAGCCAGAAAGAGUUGUGCCUUCCCUACCUGAUUACUAGUUUGUUUUCUCUCAGUACUGUAUCGCGAUGUCAUCCGUUUUCUAACGCACCUGUAUCGUAUCGCUUUAUAUACGCUCUGCACCUCCUAUGGUUCUUUCAUUUAAUAGAAUAUCGACCUUAUCCAUACUUAAACUAAUGUAAAAUAUACUGUAUCCAAUUGUUUAUACCACUAUAUUUUUAUUCUUAUUUCUAUCAGAAAUGUUCAUUUACCGUGCAUUACACUAGGCCUAGACUUCUCCAAUUGCUGUUGGCUGAGACCAUAAACAAUUGAAGUGUAAUUGUGUUUAAUAAUGUACGUAGAGUAAAUUACUCAUGAAAUAAAUUUAAACUGUAAAAAAACUACAGGAUGAUGUGGUACAGUAUAUGUUCUAUUAGUUAAAUUUUGGGUAGUGUUGAGGUAAAUAUUCGAUUAAAUUAAAAAAUCGUAGAAAGUCAGAGGGUACCUACACGGCCAUCACCAGUGAUGAUUAUCCUUUUUUUUUCAACGGUUUUACUUAACUUGAAAGCUGUGUCGUGGUCAAAUCUUGUAAUCUACAUUUUGUCCACUUCCCGUUGUCCAAUCAAUCCCUAAUUUUGCACACACUCAGUUCUGGUGACAAUGCAUGCCUGUAUCAAAAGCACCAUCAGUCAAUAAGUUAAUUGGCUCCUUUAAAGCAAUUAACAUUUUGUAUGGACGCCUUAUUAUAUAUUUGUGUAGGUCAAAAACGCCGCGGUCCCUACACUCUCGAAUCAUCUCGCCAAAAAAGCAAGCACCACGUGUCUCAGGCAGAUUCAUUUCUAAAACACUCAAUAAAAGCAGGCAAGCGAUGAUAUGGCAGCAGGCGCCGCAUCAUUGACGUACUUCUUGACGGUGAGUUAAACGAAAUAGUGAAAAAACAUUUUUUAUUAAACUUCAUUCCUGUUUGAAUGUUGUCAAAUCUUGUAAUCAAAAUGUCACCCUGUUCACCUUGUCCAAUCGAGUUAUUAAACUUCAUUCCUCUGUA